AUGGAUGACAGUAUGGACUCUGUAGACUCUGAAGCAGACGCAAUUGAACUGUGCAGUCAGCUGUCACAGUUGUGGAGCCUCGCCGGCAUGCGUGCCCGAAAAUGGCUCUCAAACUCGCACGUAGUACUCGAUAGCAUCCCACCGGACGAUAGAGCGACAGAGAUCGAUCUCAACGCAGGGCAUUUACAGUCUGUCAAAACACUGGGUGUGCUAUGGGAGUCCAAAUGUGACAUGUUUGGAUUAAAACCCAGCCCACCUGACAGCGAAUUUCGAUUCACCAAGAGAAACGUGCUUAGUAAAGUAGCGACAAUAUUCGACCUGCUUGGAUUCCUUCCGCCGUAUGUUAUCUGA